UUUGAGCCCCCAAAAAAAAUUAUAUAUAAAAUAGUUAAAAAUACAUUUCUUGUUUAUAACAAAGUUAAAGUAAAUAUAGAUUGUUAUCAAUUGUUGUUAUUAAUGAAUUAAAGUAAAUAGUUUUAAAUUCAGUUAAGUAUAUAUUCAUAGUUUAGUGUAAAUAAACUGCCAUAAUAUUAUAUCACUCUCUUCUGCGGGGGAUGUUGGAUAUGAUUUUUAUGGGGGCUUGAAUCAGGAUCGAGUACUAAAUUCAUUUUAAUAGCGUAUUUCGAACACAAAAUCCAGUUGUUGUAUAAUUAUCCAAAAUGGUGGUGAAAGUUUAUGUUAGUGGAUUGUCAGGAAACAAAGAAGUGAAGAAACGUCAGCAGAGAGUUUUGAUGAUCCUCGAUAGCAAAACAAUUAAAUAUGAGGUUAUCGAUAUAACAGAGCCUGCAAAUGAAGAUCAACGAGACUUUAUGAGAGACAACUGUGUUAACAAUUCUGGAGACAAUAAUGUUACUACUGAGAAAACGAAAACAAAGUGCGUUCCAUUGCCCCCUCAGAUUUUUAAUGAUGAAACUUAUUGUGGAGAUUAUGACGGGUUUGAUAUUGCAAACGAAAUCGACAAACUUGAAGAAUUUCUGAAACUUGAAAGGAUUGAGAAUGAAUUCAAUGGAGAAAGAAUCAGCAAACAAGAGGAAAUUAAUAACAAACAAAAUGAAGUUAAUAGCGCCGUUAGCGAUGUCAUCGACAAAAUAGGUAUGAAUAAUAUUGAUGAAGAUUUUAAUGAGAAAAAUGGAACGGAGCACGAAGAAGCAACUGAAGAGAAGUCUGAGGAAAACAUAGAAAAUACUAAAGAAGACGAUAAAGAAGAAAAAAUAGUUGAAGAAAAAUUAGAUGACAAUUCUCGAAAGGAUGAAGAAGAGGAAGAAGAAGAAGAAGAGGAAGAGGCGGAAGAAGAAGAAGAAGAGUGAAGGCGGCAAACAUAAAGUUUUCGAAUUUUA